AUGUGCUGCAGCUAUUCCGGGAACUCCUGCGGUGGCUGCGGCUACGGAUCUGGCUGUGGAUACGGCUGUGGAUCUGGCUGUGGCUACGGCUCUGGCUAUGGCUGUGGCUGUAAAUACGGCUGUGGCUACGGCUCCCGCUAUGGCUGUGGAUAUGGCUGCGGCUACGGCUGUGGAUACGGCUCCCGCUAUGGCUGCGGCUACGGCUCUGGCUGCUGUGGCUACUAGUGAUUUUUCUACAGAGUCC